UUUAUUGCAAUCUUUUAAGCAAAAAAAUGAUCAUUUGUAUUUUGGUUUGAACAACAUUGCAUUUCAACAUGUUAACUCGAAUUUUAUUGAUUAUCGUUUGUUUUCGUAUUUCCUUUACCCUACAAUCGGUUCCGAAACUAAGUGAACAUGCACCACGACGUUCUCAAAAUAUUGGAACCAGAUUUAAAGUUUCUUGCUACGUCGAAGAUGGCCAAAAACCAUUUCGAUUUGAAUGGAGAAAAAAUGAUCAAAUUAUUCGUUCAGAUCUCGAUCAAAAAUAUCAAAUUGAUUCGGAAGAUGAUAGUUCUCGUUUAACAAUCAUCGAUUUAAAUAUCAAUGAUUCUGCUAAUUAUUCAUGUACAGUUCGUAAUGAUUUUGGCUUUGAUAGCCAGAUAACCAUUUUGAUUGUCAAAGGUUUGAAAUUGUUUUUCUAUUUUUCACAUAUAUGUGGCGCUUAA